AUUGAAAUCACAAAAAUACCCUUGACAUCCAAUCCCCGCUCUCUUGCAGCGACUCUCCCCUCCGUUCACUCCCUUGUCUUUUUUUCUCAAAUUCCUAUGUUUUUUCAUUCUUUCACAUUCACUUGCAUGAGACGCCAUUUCUUUUUUCCAAAACGAAAAACAAGGGAUACUCGUUUCUCUCUCAUUUUCCCGGAAAAUUAAACAUACUUUUAAUCCGACGGAAAACUUCGAGGACUUCCGCCCUAACCCAAUGGUUUCUGACGAAGAACUCGUGAUCCGGCUCCGUGAGAUUCUAUGCGUUUCGGACCUUGAUACCACCACGCCCAGCAGUGUCCGCCGCCAGCUCGAGGCCGAUUUUGGGCUCGCUUUAUCAGACCGAAAAGCCUUUAUCCGCGAACAAAUCGACAUUUACCUGCAAUCCAACCUCACCAAACCUCAAGACCAGGAAGAGGAAGUUAAAGAAGGGGAUAAAGGAGCAGAGGUCGCUGAAGUAGAACAAGAGGAAGAAGGCGAAGCCGAAACGGAAGAGGGAGAAGACGAGGAUGAUAGUCAGGGCAAAGAUAGCAGAAAAGGAGGGUCGACCAAGGAGGAGAAAGUUAAAAAAAGAGGCGGCUUUAAUAAAUUAUGUAGCCUUUCUCCACAGUUGCAAGAAGUUGUUGGAGAGCCAGAAUUGUCCAGGCCAGAGGUUGUGAAGAAAGUAUGGUGCCACAUCCGGGAAAAUAAUCUGCAGGAUCCCAAUAAUAAGAGAAAUAUUAUUUGUGAUGAACCAAUGCGUGCCAUUUUCCGUGUUAAAACAAUUAAUAUGUUUCAAAUGAAUAAAGUUCUGUCGAAGCAUAUCUGGCCAUUAAGCACAGAAGAUGGAAUUGUGAAACAAAAGCAAAGAGCUGAUGCAAUUGACGAUUGUCAGUCUGAAGUAGAAUCCAGUAAGACAGUGGAAGAAGUGGAAGAGGAAGAGGAAGAGGAAGUAAAAGUAAAAGUAAAAGAUAGUAAACCAAACAAAAGGAAACGAGGUAAGUCUGCUGAAGUGGAUAAAGGUGUUAAAAAGAAAGCAGGUGGUUUUACUAAAGUGUGUAGCCUUUCUCCACAACUUCAAUUGUUCAUUGGAGAGUCCAAAUUGGCAAGAACAGAGGUUGUCAGGAGACUUUGGCGCUAUAUUAAGGAGAACAAUCUACAAGAUCCAAAGAACAAGCAAAACAUAAUAUGUGAUAAGUCAUUGCAUACCCUUUUUAAUGUUGAUAUCAUCAACAUGUUUCAAAUGAAUAAAGCCCUAGCAGCGCACAUAUGGCCAUUGAAGAUAGAAGAUGAAGCUCCAGCGGACUCUUCACAAAGGGAUGAUAAGGCUAGACAGGAUCAAGAAGAAGGUGAUUUGGAUGUUAAUGUUACCACAUGUUUGUUUUCUUUUUGUAUGCCAUUCAUUUAUAAUUCUGGUGGUGUCUUUUUUUAUAUUAUUUUAUUUUUCAUUUGGUGGAUUUCUUCAAACUUUUGGUGGUUUGAUUCAUUUACAUUGUUUGACGUAUAGCAUCUCCAGCAGACUCUUCACAAAGGGAGAAGCAGUCUGACGAAGAGCAAGAAGAGGGUAAGAUACCAUAUUUGACUAUACCAAAUUGGACUGUAGAUGUUAACAGGGUAUUUAUAUGUUUCAUGGAUAGGUUGAGUGGUCAAGUCCAUCUGUUCUCUCCUAUUUAGCAAUAUUGCUCGAGUUUGCUGCCUCUCAGAAAUUGUAGUGUUUGACAAGAGAGGGACCAGUGUCAAGGAAAAAUAUUAGUUAUUGAGUGUGCAUUCAUAAAUUUGGUUAUGGCUUAACUUACAUAGCCAACUAAUCAAGACAUGACUGAGGUCCCUUAUUGUUGUUUCUGGAACAGCGGGCAACUUUUGUUCUUUUAGAUAUAGAUGAGUGCGAACAAAAAUAAAAAUAGCCAAAGAAAGGAGGUUCUGGUCUUCUUAAAUUGGGGACUUUUAGGUGUAGCACCAAAAUAUUUUAGUAUGCUGCAGAUUCUGAUUUGUCAAUUGGCAUUUGUGGUAGCUUUAGUGAUACGAGAGUUAUACUUUAGUAGUUAAGGGCAACUCACAUAAUUCUGAGAUUAGGGCAUUUACUAUUCUGUAAUGAAAACAAUUGUAAAGUGAUUGAUAAUUCACAGAAGCAUUUCCUAAAUGUGUAAGUGCACAUGUAUAUAAUGAGAUUAUGAAAUAUU